GUUGCUGAACCACAUUCUUCUUCAUCCAAACUGACUUCAAGCGGUUCUCAAUACUCAAACAAUGCAUCGCUUAAUAAAGAUCCUCGUGCGUUGAGACACACAGAAACAGUCAAUUAUGGUGCCACACAUCUAAAACAUCAACGAGAGCAGGUAAUAAAGUUGGCAGGAGGUCGAAUAACUGUCUAUGAAUAUGGUCGCUCUCACGAACAUGACUACUCAAAGUAUAAAACGCACCCAAAUAAGCCGAUGAUGGGAAUUUUCAACUGGAUGAAGAAGAAAGAAUCUUCCAAAACAGAAAGAGAGGAUUCUUAUGAAAUCAUUGAAAAAUCAGUAAGUUUGCUACCCGAUAAGUAUUCGGGAGAUUUGAUGCGUGUGAAAAAUAAUCCUAAGAACUAUAUUUGGAAUUAUGAUGACGAUGAGGAUGAAGAAGACGAAUAUGUUGAGGAUGAUGACGAUGAGGAAGAUGAUGACGAUGAUGACUUUGACGACGAAGUUGAUAAUAUGAUGAUCGAGCCAAUAAUAGGAAAAGAGCAGGUCUUUUUGAUCAAUAGCAUGUUGAAUAAAAUUGAACAUCCCGAAAAGUUUAAGUCAAGGCUUGAAGAAAAAGAGCGGGAGGGCAAGAUUAAGUUGAUGCUGUCGCAGAAAUACGGACAUAUUGAAGGUGUUGUCGGUAAAGGUUCCUAUGGUACGGUGUGUAUUUCUUCAAAGACAGUUGGUACGACAAAGAUUUAUUUUGCCAUCAAACAACUUAAAAGGAAACAAGGGGAGUCGUUACACCAUUUUGGGAAUCGAGUUACCAGUGAGUUCAUGAUUUCUUCAUCGUUAACACAUCAAGCAGUCAUCAAUGUUUACGAUUUGAUGGUUGAUCCGGUUUCUAUGACAUACUCUGAAAUUAUGGAGUUCAUACCCUGUGGUGAUCUUUUCUCCUUGAUAUCUACGACAAAUGGAUUGCACAUAGUAGAGUGCGAUUGCUUUUUUAAGCAAAUCCUCAAUGCGAUAACUUAUCUACAUUCAGUUGGUGUUUCACAUAACGAUCUCAAAGUUGAGAACUUGUUACUCACUCGGAAAGGCCAACUCAAAAUAAUUGACUUUGGUACAUCUGCAGUAUUCCGGACAGCAUGGGAAAGUGAUGUUCAGCUUUCACGUGGUGCCUGUGGUUCUGAGCGUUAUGUGGCUCCUGAACAAUACAAUAAAGAGCGUGAAUAUGAUCCAAGAUUGGGCGAUGUGUGGUCACUAGGCAUAAUUUAUCUGACAAUGUAUUACGGUAAAUAUGCAUGGGAAGCUGCCAAAAUGAGUGACGAGACAUACGCAAGAUUUAUUGAUACUAGGGCUGUUUUUGAUUACUCCUACAAAAGCUCAACCAAGGCACAUCAAUUUUUAUGUGUCAAGCCAGGUGGAUAUUCUCCAAUUGAAGGCAUCAAAGGUGAAUAUGUUAAUGACUCCAGGAAAUAUGUUUUAUACAAUAUUUUAAAUCCAGAUCCUACUUUCAGAAUGAGAACUUAUCAGAUCUGGCAAAGUGAAUGGAUUAAGAAUUUCCAUGUGUGUGACGCUGGUAGAGGUUAUGUGAGUUAUGACAAUUACAUUGAGAUGGCCCUACGAAGUGCACAAGACGUUGAAGCAAGAGAACGAGAGUAUGAAAGU